GCAGAGGGUCCCGGUGGCGUGUUUGUGUCACGAGAAGUCAACGUCAAUAUCUGUCUGCAUUCGUUCACAGAGGUGUAGGGUAGCUCUAGAAACGAGAUUGAAUCGACGAAACAGAAAAGUUGAUUCGGGAUCUGUGAAGUCUCUUCAUGGCAGUCAGAAGGGGACACAUUAGAUACUUAAAAGAGGUGCAUGACAUGUCUAACGGUUACGAAGAUCACAUGGCCGAUGAAGGCAAAGAUGCCAGAACAAACCUUAUUGUCAAUUACCUGCCCCAGAACAUGACCCAAGAUGAACUGCGCAGCCUCUUCAGCAGUAUUGGGGAGGUAGAGUCUGCCAAGCUCAUCCGGGAUAAAGUGGCAGGUAACGGCCACAGUUUAGGGUACGGAUUUGUUAACUAUCUUAACCCUAGUGAUGCAGAAAGGGCAAUCAAUACACUCAAUGGGCUGAGACUACAGUCUAAAACUAUCAAGGUGUCUUAUGCCAGACCAAGCUCAGACACCAUAAAGGAUGCCAACCUGUACAUUAGUGGACUGCCCAAAACCAUGACGCAGAAAGACGUGGAGGACAUGUUUACCCGCUAUGGUCGAAUCAUUAACUCACGCGUUCUCGUUGACCAGGGAACAGGUGAGUGCAGUAUGUCGCGAGGUGUGGCAUUCAUUCGCUUUGACAAGCGAGCAGAGGCUGAAGACGCCAUUAAGGACUUGAAUGGCCAGAAACCACCUGGUGCCACAGAGCCCAUCACCGUGAAGUUCGCUGCCAAUCCCAACCAGGCGAAGAACUCUCAGAUCAUCUCGCAGAUCUACCAUGCACAGUCCCGACGCUUUGGAGGGCCCGUUCACCACCAGGCCCAGAGGUUCAGGUUCUCCCCCAUGAGUGUGGACCAUAUGAGUGGCAUCUCGGGGGUGAAUGUCCCCGGGAACUCCACCUCUGGCUGGUGCAUCUUCAUCUACAAUCUGGGCCAGGACGCCGACGAGGGCAUUUUGUGGCAGAUGUUCGGCCCGUUUGGAGCCGUUACCAACGUCAAAGUCAUCCGAGACUUUAACACCAAUAAAUGCAAAGGGUUUGGAUUUGUGACCAUGACAAACUACGAGGAGGCGGCAAUGGCCAUUGCUAGCCUCAAUGGUUAUCGCCUUGGGGACAAAAUCUUACAGGUGUCUUUUAAAACAAACAAGUCUCACAAGUAAAUGUAAGACCCAGAUGAAGGAGAGAUCUCAAGUUUUUCAGCCGAAAAAGAGAGGUUGGCACUGUUUAAAUGCUAAUGUUUUUUUAAGUGUAAUCCACUCCGUGCAUUUUCAAGUUUUACAAUACUCGUAGAAGUCUAAUGGAAAGUAGACAUUUUUCAAUCUGUUGGAUGAUGCGACAAAUGUUUUAAAUGUGUUCCGCAUCUCCGAAAUUAUAUAGACCAACUCCAUAUUUCAAAAAGACUUGUAGUUUCUGUCUGAUAAUGUCACAAUGUGCCAUAUAUGUGGUGAAAAUGCAAGGCAUGCUGUCUUUUAAGACUCUGAUCUACUGUCCACAGCACUACGGGGGAUUUCACGAGUCCAAGAUAGUUUGGAAACAAGAUGCCUUAAUUUUAUUUCCCCUCUAGUCCCUCCCCACCUCUGACUCUGGUUCAGAGAAGUUGUCACAUGUUGAUCUGUAGAUUUGCAUGACUAUCAGUCACCAAGUAACACUGUAGUCCAGGAGCUCUUCUCAGAGCAAUAUCAGAGUUUUUAAAAGUACAGUUUUCUUGGCACGUGACUUAAAAAAAAACCAAGAAAAACGAAAGAAAAAAACUUUCAUGGUCAACGUGUGGGGUGUAGCGCUGUUGCGUUUCUUAGUGCAUAAACAGGAGCGGAUGUUUUUUUUUUUUUUCUUUUUCUUUUUUAUUAACUUGUAAUUUUACGAAAGGGACCCAGAGAAAAGACACUAAGUAAAGAAGGACCAAAGAAAUCAAUUGAAGGUGUCAUUUUCCUCUCAAAACAAAAAUUGGGGCAACACUGCACCCCCCUCCCCCCAAACUCAUUGGAAUUAUCUGGAUACAAGGAAGGUACUAAAUAUCUGUUUAAAAUGUCAUAUUUGAAGUUUGGUGUUCUCUUGUGAAAUGUUUGCUUUGUGUCUGAUAAGAAUCUUUUUUUUUUUUUUGCCUGCGUGAAAGUCAAAUUUGCUUCUUUUUUUUCUCUAAGAAGUGUAGUUAAAUAUGAAAGAGGCUGUUUAAUUUUUCUACAUACUAAUAAUCCCUGACAUUUCUGGAGACUGCCUUGUGAUUUUAUUGAUUUUUCUUUCUUUUUCCCUUUCUUUUGCUUUUGUGAUUUCCUCUGUUUUCAUUGUUUCACUUGGCAUUUGCUAUCAUUAAAUUUUAUUUCUUUUUGGCGACCUUUUUUGUUUUGUUUCAUUUUUUUAAAUUGAUUUCACUCAUCCAUUUUGGUUUGUUAGUGUAGUUAUGAUAGAGGUGACAGCCUGGAGAGGGACUCACCACCAUGUUCAGCGGAGGCUCGGUUAAACUUGCUCCAGCUUUAGAAUUUUCUUUUCCCUCCAUGAGAGGCUUUAGACAGCACGUACGUUACUCGAGCCUGCUGUUGGCCCAAAUCAGUUUAAGAUCUGGCAUUAACCAGUGGAUGCCUUGGAACACUCAAGUCAUGUCCAUUUAUUUGAAUCGUCCAAAACUGUCUCUGAAUAUGGGAUAUUCUGACAUUUGUCACCAGCAGGAGUAUAUAUAGUUUAAGUGUUUUGCGCAAGCAGUGAAGCAGACAGUUGUCAUACAGAAUUAGUCAGAGAUCCAAGCACUCAAUCCCUCAACCCAGCAAGAAUUGAAUGGAUGAAUGAAUAAGAUUGAUACUAUUUUACUGGGAAACAUGAUGUCGAAAGAGGAUAUUAAUAUCACUUGGCUUCUUAAAAUAAUGGCUUGAGAUGUAAAGAUGAAAAUAUUUUUUGCAGGUAAGAUGGGCUUUCAAGUUGGUUUACUUUAAAUGUCAGUGGAGCACAAGGAAAGGGUCACAUCAUGAAAACACAUAGGUGAUGCCCACAAAUAUCCUGGUUCCAUUCAAGUGAUUGCUGGGCAGUGUUAGAACCACAUGAUUUAAUUACCGUAUUUAAGCAAAACUAACCUCACAGUUUUGCACUCCUGUCUGUUCUUGAUUUAGAAUAAGUGAUGCUUCUGCCAAGUAAUCAGGAACCAGGGUUUGUGCAAACUUAGUGUUAGUCAAGUGUCGAUUGGAAGAGUAUUGUCAGUCAGUUGAUUUUUAAUUUUGUUGCUGCAUGACAAACCAUCACCUGAGUCCUUUUUCCUGCUGUGAGGUUAAAACAGUGCCCUCUUGUGGCAAAAUCAGAGCAUCCACACAUGGAUUUUACUUCAGUUUCCCUUCUUACUUUAUUGCAAAUAUCAUAUCUGUUCAUUUGUAUUUAAAUGGGUUCCUUUUUCGAAGCCUUCAUUUUGUAUGAGAAGGGGAAAGAUUGGAGAGGGGAGAUUCACAACUUAUUUAUUUCUGUCAUCGUGUGUGGUUUUACAUGUUUGUACAUUUUCUUCUGAGCAUUUAUUUUACCGUUGAAUGAUUUGAAGUCUGUUUUGCAUCUGUAGUAGGAAACCUCUGUGGCGAGAUAAUGUCUAACAUAAAUUUGUAUAAAAUAAAACAGGCCUGAGAUAAUA